AUGAAGAAGAAUAUUUCUACUCUGGAAGAGAGAAAUGCGGUUUUGAUAAAGAAGAAUAAUUUCCUUAAGCAAGAGAGCUCCCGUAUGGCAAACGCGAUGAACCAAAUGAAAGCUGAGUUUGACGAUCAGGAACAAUAUAUCCGGCGUGACUGUUCGGAGAUACGAUGGAUUCCCAUGUCAGCGAAAGACGAUACAAAUCAGAUUAUUAAAAAUGUUGGGUCAAUCGUUGAUGUUGCUAUCGAGGAUAACGAUAUCUCCAAAUCCCACAGAAUGAAAAGUGAAAAUGCGGUUCCUCCCAUAAUUGUCAGGUUUACUCCGUCGUCGUUCAUGUGUCAGGGAUGCUCUUUACAAAGCAAGGUCGAAGUUAAAGAAUUUGACUGUCGAAGACAUUAG